AAACAACCACCAAAAUGGGUACCGUCAACGUAAACCGCAAUGUCACCGAUAUUUUCUAUCGCUAUAAAAUGCCCCGUAUCCAGGCCAAGGUUGAGGGCAAGGGUAAUGGCAUUAAGACUGUCAUUGUCAACAUGGCCGAUGUGGCCAGGGCCAUUGGUAGACCAGCCACCUAUCCCACAAAAUAUUUUGGCUGUGAAUUGGGUGCCCAAACCCAAUUCGAUCAUAAGAACGAACGUUUCAUUGUCAACGGUUCGCAUGAUGCCGCCAAACUGCAAGAUCUUCUCGAUGGUUUUAUACGCAAAUUUGUACUCUGCCCCGAAUGCGAUAAUCCCGAAACUGAUUUGACCGUUUCAAAUCGUAAUCAAACCAUCUCCCAAUCAUGCAAAGCAUGUGGUUUCCAUGGUCUGCUGAAAGUCAAUCAUAAGGUGAAUACUUUCAUUUUGAAAAAUCCACCCACCAUCAAUCCCGCUGCCCAGGGAUCAUCUCUGACCGAGGGAAAACGUUCAAAACGCGGCAAGGGUAAGAAUGGUGAAAAUGGUGAUGCUGGCAAUGCUUCGAUGAAUAAGAAUUCCGAUAAUGAUUCGGAUGGUGGUAAUCAGGCUAGCCAAACUGAGGCCGAGAUCAGUGCUGCAUUGCCGGAGACAAAUGGUGAUGAUGAUGCCGAUGAAUGGAGUGUUGAUGUGUCGAAGGAAGCCAUUCGCGCUCGUCUCCAAGAUUUAACCGAUGGCGCCAAGAGCAUGACCAUUUCCGAUGAUUACGAUAAAACCGAAAAGGAACGUAUCGAUAUUUUCUAUGAAAUCGUCAAAAAGAAGUUGGACGAUGGCAAAUUGGAUGCCGUGGCCGAACACAAAGAGCUGCUGAUCGAAGCCGAACGUUUGGAUAUUGUCCAUAAGGCCCCAUUGGUCUUGGCUGAAUUGCUCUUCUCCGAUAAUUUGACUCAAGAUGUACGCAAACAUCGUGUCCUAUUGUUGCGCUUCACUCACAACAAUCCCAAGGCUCAACGUUAUUUGAUCGGUGGCAUCGAACAGAUUAUUGCCCUGCACAAGGAGAAAUUGAUGCCUAAGGUUGCCGGUAUUUUCAAGCUCUUCUAUGACACGGAUAUUUUGGAUGAAAAGGUGAUUUUGGAUUGGUCGCUGAAGGUUAGCAAGAAAUAUGUAUCCCGUGAGGUGGCCACCGAAAUCCAUGAGAAGGCCAAACCGUUUAUUCAGUGGUUGAAGGAGGCCGAAGAGGAGGAGUCGUCCGAAGAAGAAGACGAAGAAGAUUCAGAGGUUGAGAUUGAGUAUAAUGAUAGGGCUCGUGUUGAGCCGCUUAAGGCGCAGGUAACACAGGUUACCAAGAAGGUUAUCGAAGAGGACGAUGAUGAUGGUGAAGAAAUUGAUAUUGAUGAUAUCUAAA